CAUCAAAGGAGCGAGUGUUGCUGGUUAUUCUACUAAACUAGGAUUUCUCCCUGGCAGCAUGGAUGGAAUGUCCACUAAUGGUCACAUUUCAGAGAAGAGGGGAAAAAAAUCCUCUAUAUUCAAUAGGGAUAUAAAUGAGCAACUUGCUGCUGAAGAUAAAGAAACACUUCAAGAAGCAGUUGGGACAGCUACUCAAAAUACGGAUGUACCAUGUGCGCAGCUUCUGGACUUCCUCCAGAGGAACAUCAUCACUGCAGCUGCCUCGGUCGUGGGAAUCCUCAUGGUCACAGUGUUGUUGCUGCUGGUGCUGACUGUAUGCAUCAGGAGGAAAAGGCCAUUGUAUCCUCCAGCAAACAUGACAUAUAACAUUUUUAUGCUGAAUGGGAAGACAUGGUGGCAAAAGUAUCAAGAAAAGAGCCCCAGAAAACAAGAGGGAAAACAAAAACAGUUGAAGUUCAAGUCCUGUGUCUAAGCCAGGCGGUGGGGCCAGCCAAACCAGGACUUAACGCUGUGAUGCCAGGCAGUUUUCAAUCCAAACACCAUGGAGAGGCUUUUGGAUUUCUGGCUGUGAGGUUUGCUCUGCAAAAUGUUUACCUUCCCAUCUCGAUCUUGAAUGGACCAAGAAGCAAAUGUUCACCAUAGGACGCUUAUCGCGUGGUACGGCACUGAUGGCUAGUGCAGGAGACUUAGCACAUUUGCCCAAAGACAAACCCUUUCAGACUAUGGAUGGAUUUAGUUAUUAAAGAAUUGAUUCUCUGAUUCA